CACCGUGGGAAGGGGAUGAACGCGCUGGCGUCCCCGGACGAGCGGCUGCGCGAGGUGAAGGAGAACUCGGUCCGCUCCUUCAACGACGCCGCGCGCGUCGCCGGCGUCGGCUACGUCGAGUUCGACGUCCAGAUGAAAUUGACAAAAAGGACCCCCUCGAUCGUGGCGGCAGGCGCGCCAGGCGACACGUGGCACCUGCCGCCACCGUGCCAGGCGGCAGCACCUGCCGCCAGCCAGUGAGGCGGCAGCCUUCGAGUAACAGCAAGCAGCGGGGCGGAACGGAACGGAGGCCGGUAGUGGGACCUGCCGCCAGUGAGGGAGGCGGCGGUACUGUGCCCUGCCGCCUGGGGGCGUGGUGGCAGGCCCGUGCGUGCCUGCUGCUGCCGAUCGCUGCGUCGUGACUACUGCCCCGCUGCUUUUAUGUAUGGGUUUUUCGAGCAGACACGCUGCUGGAUCCUUCCCCAGGUGACCAAAGAUGGCUGCCCGGUCGUCUUCCACGACAAUUUCAUCUUCACCGAACAAGAUGGCAAAAUCUGCGGGAAGCGCGUCACUGAUCUUCCACUGGUCGAGUUCCUCUCCUACGGCCCUCAGAAGGACCAGGACAAGGUCGGGAGGCCAUUGCUGCGGAAGCUGAAGGACGGCAGGAUACUGAGGUGGGACAUGCGUUCCGACGAACCCCUCUGCACGCUGCGGGAGGCGUUUGAGGGCGUCGACACGCGUGUCGGCUUCAAUGUCGAGCUCAAGUUUGACGACGAUCUCGUGUACCAGGAGGAGGAGCUCGUCGGCGUCCUGCAAGCCAUCCUCAAGGUUGUUUUUGAGCAUGCCAAGGACAGGCCCGUCAUUUUCUCCAGCUUCCAGCCCGACGCCGCGCAGCUUAUGCGAAGAUUGCAAGACCAGUACCCUGUUUACUUCCUGACGGUUGGAGGGACGCAGCUCCACGCCGACGCAAGGCGGAACUCGUUGGAGGAGGCUGUCAGGCUGUGCCGCGCCGGCGGCCUGCAGGGCAUCGUGUCGGAGGCCAGGGCUGUGUUCCGGCACCCGUCGGCGGUAGCCAGGGUCAAGGAGUCCGACCUCUCCCUGCUCACCUACGGGCAGCUCAACAACGUGCCGGAGGCGGUGUACAUGCAGCACCUGAUGGGGGUGGACGGCGUGAUCGUCGACCUGGUGCAGGAGAUCGCCGAGGCCGUUUCGGAGUUCGCGGCCGUGGUCGCACCGGAGCCCAGCCCCGAAGAAGGCCAGGCCGGAAGGUUGGGACUGGAUAGGGCUGCGCCGGCGAAGAAGACGCCCAACUUCUCGCAGCGGGAGAUUUCCUUCCUGCUGAGGCUCAUACCCGAGCUCGUACAGUAGCGUGUCCUCUUCUCGGAUAGUAGUAUCCACGGUGCGCCCGUGUAGGUUGACCAAUCUUUGACACCUCGGAACUGAAACCCCAAGGCCCGGAUGCGGCAUGUAAAUCAGGGCCACCACGACCCGUCCGAUUGUUUGCAUCAGGGUGAAAUCCACUAGUGUUUGUGCCUGUGUAAA